AUUUUGUCCUAAGUUGUAGCUCUAUUUUUUCUUCCAGAAAGCCGGAGGAGCCUGGUCAGUGUGGGCAUGGCCAGUAACAGUUGGGAUGACCCGUCCUGUCCACUCAGUGGAAGUCAAGGAACCCAUCCCCGACCUGGUGAUGUCACAAGCCUAUCUGUACAAAACAUGGACCUCGAAUCGCCCAACCUUCUCAGCAAGAGUCGCAAGACAACUGUCGGAAACACCACUUCUCACAGUGUCAGGGAAAUGGAGUUAGACUCACCCAAUUUACCCAGGCCUGGCACACCCACACUCAGACCAGGUGUGAGUAGCUUGUCCAGUCGGCCCAGUCUGGAGAGGCUGAUAUUGCCCGCAGACAGGUCCAGUCCACGUUACCAGGACCAGGCCAGCCUAGUCCUGCCCACAGACACACCUAGCCCUGCUAACCAGGCCCUUGUUCUGGACAGUGAUGAUGAUGAUGAUGAUGAUGAUGAUGAUGAUGAUGACAUGCCCCCUGCCACACAACCAGUAGAUAGCAGGGUCCUAAAAGAUGUAGUUGUGUAUGUAGAGGUCCGCUGCAACGACACUAUGGAGAAUCGCUCCAAAGCUGUUGCUAAGCAACUGGAGUUGCUUGGUGCUCAAGUUGAACCCAAACUUAGCCGUGAGGUGACACAUGUGGUCUUUAAGGACGGUAAGAAGAGUACAUUGGACAGGGCCAUCAAAAAAGGCCUCCACCUUGUAUCUGUGCUCUGGGUGGAAAGCUGUAGAGAGAAGCAGGUCCACGUGAAUGAGGGCCUAUAUCCCAUCAGCCGCCCGGAUGAGGGGAGCACUCCUGUGCUGACAAGGAUAAGGAGGUACAGGUCCAUGCAGCCAAAGACCUUUGAAGAGGAGUUGGCAGGGAGUGCGGAGAGGGUACGGAAGCGGCGCCGCCAUCACGAGCUGGCAAACCGUUGGAAGACGGUAACUGGCACCACCCCAUCUAGUACCCCCAGCAAGAAUGCAACCGUUUAUGUGGAGGACACACAGGAUCCCAACAGUGAGGAGAUAACAUUACCCAGCUUGCCCCUGGCCAUUCCUGACACGCCUCCGAACAUGCGAGAGAAGAUGAAUCAGCUGAUGGCUCGUCAGGAAAACCAAGCAUCUCCCCACAUCUCUGAAGGGGGGACCAUGUCUCAAAAGAGGCUCUUUGCAGAGUCUGACAACAGUAGUAGCUGUGAGAAGAAAAGCAGUGCUGAAUCAAGGCUUGUAUCUAAAGACAAUCAACAGGUACCUACUGAUACUGUGUCAGGUUGCAACAGUCAGACCAGGAUAGAAUCAUCUUCUGAGGGGGGCAAGCCGCAACGAAGGCAAAGUAGAAGGCUGUCUAGUUUACCACCAACGGUUGGAGAGCCAGAGAGAAGCAACCCUCCAAAACAGUCAGCAAGGAGUAGCUCAGGAAAGAGACGUCUUCUAUCGACAAUAAACAAUGAGCCAGCUGUAGAGCUGAUACGUCCACAAGAACCUGCUGGCACCGCUGGAACCAAUAGGGUGAAGAAGACAGUAGGUGUGCUGUCUGGUAAGCGUGACCAGACCCCAGUAUCAGCAAACACUGUCAGCAGGGUUAGUGUAGCAUCGCAGGGUAGUAGCAUAGAUGAUGAUGCCCAAUUGAAUAGCAACAAAAGAAUGGAUUCAAACAAAGAAAACACUGCAGCAAAGAGGAAGUGGAGGGUGACGGCUCACAGUUCUGGUGAUGAAGAUGAGCAAGUCGCAAAAAAAGGGAAACAGGGUGAGAAAGACACUGUAGUGGAUGGAGAGAAAAAAGGUGUGAAGACGGGAGCUGCAAUACCACAUUGGGACUCGGAUUCAGACAGUAGUGAUGGUUUGGGAGAACUUGCAGCCAGAGCAGGUGCACGGGCCCUGGCAAGCUUAAGGCAGGGUAGCAAGAGGAAGAACAGUCUGUCCAAUAGCAGGGGAAACAAUUAUGGGAGCAACAGUGAUGACACAAACUUAGAACAGAAAGGGCGGGAGAAUGCUGGAGCCCAGAAUACAAGCACGGCACCUGAGAAGAAAGUUAAGAGAAGACCUCGUGGGAAAUCCCUUGGUGCCAUACCUGUGGAGGACAAUGCAGAAGUUGUUGUUGACCUCACUAGCAGUCAAUACUCUGUUGUGGAACCCCUGAGGCCCUCCAGAAGAAGUCUUGAGGAUUUUGCCCCUCCACAGAAAACAAGUCUCAGCAGAAGGAGUGGUAAGGAGGGGAAAGAUUCAAGCAAAUGUUCAAACAGGAGGGUACGUAGCAGCUCUGGGUCAAGUAACAGCAGUGGUGGUACCAAAUCAACCAGGAGAGUCACCAACAAACAAGUACAGAGACAAACCAAGACAACAAGCAAUCCGACCUCUUCAGACCUAGACAGUUCCACGAGCAGUAGUAGUGCAGGAGCCACCAGGCUGUCGUGUAACAGAAGGAGCAGGCAGAAACAGAAACCUGGGAAAGCCUUAGUGAUGACCAGCAUGCACACAAAGGACCAGGAACUGGUGAUGUCUGUGAUCAAACAGCUGGGAGGUUUCUACCUGGAGAGGGAUGUUACAGAGAGAACAACACAUGUUGUGUCUGGCAAUAAUAGGCGAACCCUCAAUGUCCUGAGCGCCAUCUCUCGUGGCUGCUGGCUGGUGUCGUUAGAAUGGGUCUUGAAGUCUUGUGAAGUUGGACGAUAUGUGGAAGAAGAACCAUAUGAACUCCAUGAGGCCUUUCCAGCAGCACAGGAGGCUCGUCUUGAGAGGCAAGCUGCAGAGGGCCAUUACAAGCAGGACCUGUUCUCUGACUGUGGGCUAAUCUACAUCUCAGAACACACCUCCCCUCCACACUCCAGCCUCGUGCGAUUGGUGGAACUGUGUGGAGGGAGAAUCUGUACUUCCAUCAGGAGGGCCAGGAUCGUUGUAGGAAAUCCACAGAGGAGGACAGAUGCCUUGGUUGUUACUGAGCUCUGGGUGUUAGACUCCAUCACUGAGCACAGCACACUGCCACUGGAUGCCUACCUCACACAGCCUGAGAGGACAAGACGAGCAUCAAGUCCUGAGUUCUGAUGUGUCAAGUAGGGGCCAAAUAAAUUUGCUAUAUACAGUGUAGUUGUACUUAACAUUUUUGACAUGAAAAGUUCUUUAUACAUGGAAUAAGGAUUGUUCAUGACCUUUAUUUUGACUAGAAGGCUGGAAUUCUUUUAUGAUGUUUGUUAACUUUCAGAUCAAUGUUUUCAGGCUUCAAAUUUGCAUGACCUACCAUUUUGGUAUGUAGGCUCUUCCUUAUAACUAUGUAUUAAGAUAUUCAUUUCAUUGGUAUCAUACCUCUCACAAAAAUUUCACUAAUAAGUUGAAGGGAUUUGAACUGAGCAAAUUUCAUUUGUAGGUCUUCGUCAUUUAUCAAUUUUAUAACAUUCCACUGUAUGGCGUAGUGCUAGUAGGACAUUUUCUGUAAUUUAGAAAUCUAUAUAAUCCUAAUCCUUUGGGUCAAAACUAAAAAUGACCAGCUUUUGGAUUGUAUUUCAUGUGUAUAUUAAAUUUUUACAUUUUAUAUGCAUUGUGUUGCAGGAAGUAAAUUUAUGAAAUAUUUUAACCUUUUAGUUACUAGUAUCAGAUUAUCCCAUUCAUGAAUAUUGUUAUCUAGUGAACCAAUGCUGCAAUUUAAAAGACUUUGUUGGUAAUUUCUAUAUUUGACGGUGACUCAACAUUUUUAGACAUUGGGAAAAGUUUUCGUAUGGAGGCCGAGGCCUUCUUUUACUCGACUUUUACUUGCAUGCAAGUACUUAUUGUUUGUGUAAGAUUUUCAGUUGAACACAAGGGUCUUUGUAUCAAUUCAAAAUCAAAUUUAAAUCUGGGAUUCAAAGUAAUUCAUAUAUUUUACAUUUACAACAACAAUAUUAUACAGUGUCAAUACCCCUAUACUCAUAUACACUCAUGUGUUACAGUGACUACUAGAAUGAAGCUCCAUUGAAUUAAAAUUUGUAUACAGUUUUUGCAAUGUGCAUGGUGUGUGCACUAUUUUAUCUCAAAUUUGAUGGCAAAUAAACUAUACUCUGAUUUAAAACCAGUAAAUGUUUUCCUUUUGCAUCAUGUCAAAUAUUAUGACAAAAAAUUUUAUCACUGCAUUUGUAGCGCUAGACAUGUCUUUGUGUACCAACUUAUAUUUUCAAAAUGAAAAUGAUUGUACAUGACCUAUCUUUCUUCUUCUUAGCAUAUGACUGUGUCUAAACCAGCUGCUAAAUACUAGUAUCUUAGGUGGUGUAAUGAACAAGGUUGAGCCAUUGAAAGCAACAACAGUCUGAAUUUACCGAAUUUGCCCCUUUAUUAAAAACAAUAAGCUACAAAAACUCACCAAGUAUUUCAACAUAUUAAGGCCACAGGAAUUUAAUUCGUUGGUUCUCGGAUUCGCUUCUUCAUUUCUUAAUGAUUUGCAAAAAAAAAAGAUUCUGGUUCUGAAUGAACUCAAAAAUGCUCAUAGUCAUAUUUUGCCCCUAACAGUUUAAUAAAGUCCUUUUCUUCCUAAUUGUUACAGUUUUUCAUCUAUUAUGCAUUGGUUUGAUUAAAAGUUCAAAUUUCAUUGUUUAGAUAUUGACCCAGCCUUUUGUGUUGACUUCAUGGCUUCUAUCGUAGCAUUUGUGCCUAUAAUAGGGUGGCUAGACCUGUUUCUAUUUUUGUAUUUUUUUUUUUACCCUGUCGCUUCAUAUUUUUUAUGAAAACAAUCCGAGAACCAACAAAUCAAACCAUCAUCCGUAGGUAUUUUAAGUUCCAGGUAGAUUUGGAACAGAUAAAAUCAAACUUUAAAAUAUUAUUUAAUUAUUAAAAAGAUUAAACUCUCAACUAGUUAAAAAUUGACUAUCCAUUAAGUCUAUGGUAUGAUAUGCUUACAGUUCACACUUCACAGUAUUGGAACAGGUCAGGACAUCAAGCUAAGGCCAAGGAAAAUAAAUGUUAACAUUUCUGGUUACCCAACCAACUGUAGCAGAAAUCUGCCAACCCUAGCCUGCCUUUUGUUAGGGCUGGCCACUGGCAAGGGGCAUUUUUGAUAUGACAUCUGAGUGAUGAAAAUGUAGAAUCAUUUUACUUUUAAGUUUUGUUAUUGAUACAAACACUUGUUACUCAAGGCGAAUAAUUGAAAUACAUGCAUUUGAGAUACCUUUGUCCUGAUGUAUUUCAGCUUUACAAUUUGUUAGACUAUUUUUUAGACCACUUUGACAAAAUCUGUACCUUCCAUUCCUAAUUAAAACUGUAAUUGGAAACACAACAUUAUAAUCUUCCUGGGCCCAAAAAAGGGUUAUAAAAGCAAAAUGUCUUGAUAUUGUACUUUGUUAUAUUUUGGCAAUUAACUCCUAUUUGCCCUUAUUUAAUAGACUUAACUGUUUUCCGUAUUGCUACAUUUCUUAAAGUGCAAAUAUUAAAAAUGUUUUUCUAACACCAUCUACUAGUUAACUGUAGGAUAUAAUGUUCAUAAUCUAUGCCAUCUAGCUGCAUAUCAUGUUCUUAAAGGCAUCAAAUUCAAUUUGCACUGGAUUUUCUAGCCAAUUUGUUUUGAUGUACUUGUAGUCAGUUAAGUAAUUCCUGUUUCUGAUACCUGUGUGGCAAAAAGGCGAUGUAGGUGAAAACUUGUUUCAAAUGCUUGUUUCAAAUCAUAAGCUGUUCAAGCUAUUUAUGGAUGGUACCAAAAAAUAAAGAGACACCUCACUGAUAGCUUGUUUUUGAGCUAUUUCAAAUGUUUUCAGUAUGAAAUGAU